AUGGCGACUUUCCCGCUGCCUCGUGUUGCCUCUACAUCGGAUGCAUGGGGACCGCCUGCAGGUGCCAGCGCCGCACUAGCUCUUCCUGAAGAGUUCCAACAGAUCCCCUUUACUCCCUUUUCGAAAUCUGAGCGCAUUGGCCGCAUUGCCGAUUGGAACACCGGUGGCGCCGCGGCGGAGGACCGCGCGACGACUGCGCCUGGCCGUGGUGCGCGCAGCUCGCGCAGUGCACCUGCGCCUGCGUAUGCCUCCGGUACACCGUCCAACACGUUCACCUAUUUCCACGGUGAGGAUGAGUCGAGCUUCAGCGUGGUGGAUAACGGCCGCUCUGCCGCUGCGCGUCGCACGACAGCCAGUGCUACAGCACGCAGUGGCCGCGGGUCAGCCCCUGUGGGUCGCACCGCAGCUGCGACUGGACGCACUGGUGCGGGUGCUGCGACGGCGCGUGGCGUGCGCGGUGCGCGCGCGCCUGCCAAUGCGCGCACGACGCGCCGCCCUGGCUGGCGCGACUGGGAGCGCACGCAGCGCAAGCCGCGUGAGGCCUCGAUCACUGUUGGCCCUGACUGGGAGCAACUCAGCGAGCUUGACUUCCUGCGCAUGUCGAAACUGCGACUGGACGUCGAGGCACCGCAGGAAGUGGCGUCGUACGGCACGCUGUACCAGUACGACCGCAUGUACGACCGCGUAAGUGUGAAGUUUGAGCGUCCCUUGCAGCCGCGUGACCGUGUGCACUACAGCCCCACGACGUCUGAGGACCCUGUCAUCCAAGAGGUAGCGUCGAGUGACAAGAAGGCGCAGGUGUACAUCACUGACGCGAUUCUUGCGCUGCUGAUGUGCGCGCCACGCUCGGUGUACCCAUGGGACAUUGUGAUCACCAAGACAGAGGACGGUGAGCUGUUCUUUGACAAGCGCGCGAACAGUGCCUUUGACUUUUUGACGGUUAACGAGAAUGCGUCGGAGCCGCCAAUGGAGCUGAACGAUCCGGCGAAUGGCUCCGCACCGGAGACAAAUGUGCGUGCUAAGAUCAAUACCCCUGGGGCGCUGAGUCUGGAAGCGACGUUUGUGAAUGAAAACUUUGGAUUCCAGGUGUGCGACGAGGCCAAGACGUAUGCGUUUGAAAACCCAAAUCCUUUCCACACGGGCGAGAAUGCAGAGGAGGGCAAGCUGGCGAGCUGUGGCUACCGCUACCGCCGCUUCAACCUGAGCACUGACGAAGACGACCCGGUGGAGAUGCUCGUGCGUACCGAGCUGAAUGCGUUUGUCGGUGGUGCGGACAAGAAGGCGGCUCCGCAGCUGAUUACGAUUCGCACACUCAACGAGUUUGACCCGCGUGCGCCGGGCGCGGGUGGUGCCCCUGACUGGCGCUCGCGCCUGGAUCAGAGCCGUGGAGCGGUCGUGGCUACGGAGAUGAAGAACAACUCGUUCAAGCUUGCACGUUUCACAGUGCAGAGCAUCUUGGCCGGCGCUGACAACAUGAAACUCGGCUACAUUUCGCGCUCGAACCCGCUUGACCCGUACCGCCACACAAUUCUCGGCACGUCGUGGUUCAAACCGCGGGACCUUGCUGCGCAGAUGGCCUACAACCUCACGAAUGGCUGGGGCAUUGUGCGCACGAUCAUUGACCUUGCGCGCGCGCAGCCGGCCGGCCGCUUUGUGUUGGCCAAGGACCCGAAUAAGCAGAUUGUGCGUUUCUUCCGUGUCCCUUGGAACUUUGAGCAGGAGGAGGAAGAGGAGGAGCCCGAGGAGGAGCCCGAGGAGGACAUGAUCGACGAGGAGUAG